AUGACAGGGGCGGUGUCUACACGUUAUAAUUAUGAAUAUGCUCCUUUGAUAUUUGAUGGCCAAAUGGGAUUGGUAUACGGUGAAGAACAAAGAGCAGUGAUUAAUGUUACAAAGGUCAAAGAAGCAUGGGAGUUAUUGAAGGCAGGGAAUCGUGUUCUUCAAGAUUAUAGCACGCCAUCAAUUCAGCAACAGAUGGUGAACUUUUUCGUUAAGGAUGAACAGAUGGCCGCAGCAAGAUUAUGUAUAGCGAUCCAAAUCUGUUGUGUCUCUGCUUUCCUUGGCUCUUUACAAAUGGCCAAACGAUUUGGCAGCUUGGCUCGAAUGAAACGACAUUAA